CUUCAGCGUCGAAUCGACGUAAGUGCCGCCGGUUUAUUGCGCGAAAAGCUCCGCAAAUACGGAGCUUUCGUACGGGACAAGGAAGGGUAAGUAUCGCUCCCCACCUAAGCGACGUCCCGCUCAUUCGCUGUCUAGCGCGCGCGGCGAGCGCACGUCUCCGCUCCACGUACUCAAUCCAGCGCGCGAUCGCGAAAAACUUUUACCAGUGCCGUGACAUUCAUUACGCUGAAAAUGAACAUUUUGUGCCGUGAUUUUCAUUGAAACUAGUGCCGGACUAAUCGACCGUAAGAGUGUUCUGAAGAGGCUAAUUACGAGUUGCUAGACUAAUUGGCCGGGCCGGCGUUUCAUGAAGUGCGAGAGGCGAACGCCGCAACAGGCGAGCGGCAGUCCCGGGCUGGGCGUGCAGAUGCUCGCCAUGGAGGUCAGCAAGGAGGCGCGCGCGUCGCCGCUGCCUGCGCCCGCGCAGACGCCCACCAACGGCCAGGCGCAGCCGCCGCAGCCGCAGAUAUGCGCUGGCUGCAGCAAGGUGAUCACGGAGCGCUACCUGCUGAAGGCGCUGGACCAGUUGUGGCACGAGGACUGCCUGAAGUGCGGCUGCUGCGACUGCCGGCUUGGGGAGGUCGGCCACACGCUCUACACGCACGCCAACCUCAUACUCUGCAAGAGGGAUUAUUUGAGGCUUUUCGGGAACACAGGCUACUGCGCGGCGUGCAACAAAGUGAUUCCGGCAUUCGAGAUGGUGAUGCGGGCGCGAAGCAACGUCUAUCAUCUCGAGUGCUUCGCUUGUCAGCAGUGCAAUCAUAGGUUCUGCGUCGGCGACCGGUUCUAUUUAUGCGAGAACAAGAUUCUCUGCGAGUACGACUAUGAGGAGCGCCUGGUGUUCGCCAACAUGGCCUACAACCCGCCGCCGCUGGCGCAUCUCAAGCGGCAGACCACGCAUCUGCCACCACCACCGACAAGCAACGCAAUGGGGCUGAUGAACGGCUCGUCCCGCUCCGGGGACCUGAACAACAAUAUGUCAGGGCUCUCCUGCCCCUUUUUCGGCGCCUCCACACCUCAAGCCCCUCGGCCUGUCGGCGCCAAGCUGAGAUUAUCGCGCGUGAGACGCGGCCCACCCGUACGCUAAGUACCAAAACUAAGUGACUAUUGCGGACUAGUUCUGACUACCACGUGAUUACAAUUGACCUAUCACAGACUUUAUGGUGACCACAAAAUUGCACGUAUGGAUAUUAAAACUCAUGUCUAAUAUAAAAAAGUGCGAAGGACAUAAGUA